UGAACCAGUGUAACAGUCUGCUGGCUGCAUUCAGCACUGUCCAAUGGCAGCCAAGCUCUGUCUCAUCCACACAUUGCUGAGCAAUCGACACGGAGCUGCACAACAGACUCCGGCAGCUUCUCAUACAAGAAGUUCUUUGGAGCACCUGCACCAAGAUGUCAUCUCUUGGUUCCUGGAAGAAUGAGACAACCUUGAUCCUGCAGCAGGUUGGAUUCCAGGUUCAGAAAAUCUACCCAUUCCAUGAUGGCUGGAACACUGCCUGUUUUGUAAUCCUGGUCUUGUUUAUCCUGACUGUGCUAUCUCUGGUUCUACUGGCGUUCCUCUAUGAAAUGCUGGACUGCUGUUGCUGUGCCAAACACAAAACAGUAAAAGACCUCGAGAAUGAGCCAAACCCAGUCAGAGCUCUAAUGAGCAGCAUGAAAAAGCGGAAAACUGAAGUGGUGUAGUAUCACAAAUGGCAACGACUAUGCCUGUCACCCCUUUUACAGGACAAUCCGCAAGCAGAUGUUGCCCUGCUAGCGCAAGCACAUUCUUCUUCAUGAGUCAUGUAUACUUUUUUCCCCCUCUUUAAAAUGUAAAUUAUUUGAACCUCUGUUUUACCAUUGACUUUUCCUAAAAUUGUGACAAGCAAAUUAUCACACUGGACCAGAAUACAUCCUAUUGUCAUGAUUAAAACAUGUUUGGGCAGAUAA